GAGAGGAGGAGGAAGAUGGCGGGAGGGCGGCUCUGAGGAGACCUCGGCGGCGGCGGAGGAGGAGAGAAGCGCAGCUUCGCGCAGCGCCGGGGCCCAUGUGGGGAGGAGUCGGAGUCGCUGUUGCCGCCGCCGCCGCCUGUAGCUGCUGGAGCCGGGUGGGAGUGAGGGGGACACGGCAGGAUGAAGUUCGCCGAGCACCUCUCCGCGCACAUCACUCCCGAGUGGAGGAAGCAGUACAUCCAGUAUGAGCUUCAAUAGGUUGUUCUCAGAAGCUAGUAGAUCAGCUCCUGGAGAGAGAAAAGACAGCGGAUCUGUGACCUCCAGGAACUCACAUCUAUGGCAUUCAAGGAUAUGCUGUAUUCAGCUCAGGACCAGGCACCUUCUGUGGAAGUUACAGAUGAGGAUACAGUUAAGAGAUAUUUUGCCAAGUUUGAAGAAAAGUUUUUCCAAACCUGUGAAAAGGAACUUGCCAAAAUCAACACAUUUUAUUCAGAGAAGCUGGCGGAAGCUCAGCGCAGGUUUGCUACACUUCAGAAUGAGCUUCAGUCAUCACUGGAUGCGCAGAAAGAAAGCACUGGUGUCACAACAUUGCGGCAACGCAGGAAGCCAGUGUUCCACCUGUCCCAUGAGGAGCGUGUCCAACAUAGGAAUAUUAAAGACCUUAAGCUGGCCUUCAGCGAGUUCUACCUCAGUCUCAUCCUGCUGCAGAACUAUCAGAAUCUGAAUUUUACAGGGUUUCGAAAAAUCCUUAAAAAGCAUGACAAGAUCCUGGAAACAUCUCGUGGAGCAGAUUGGCGAGUGGCUCAUGUGGAGGUGGCCCCAUUUUAUAUAUGCAAGAAAAUCAACCAGCUCAUUUCUGAGACAGAGGCUGUGGUCACCAAUGAACUUGAAGAUGGCGACAGACAAAAGGCUAUGAAGCGAUUACGGGUCCCUCCGUUGGGAGCUGCUCAGCCUGCACCAGCAUGGACUACUUUUAGAGUCGGCCUGUUUUUUGGAAUAUUCAUUGUGCUGAAUAUUACUCUUGUGUUUGCAGCUGUAUUUAAACUUGAAACAGAUAGAACUGUAUGGCCCUUGAUAAGAAUCUAUCGGGGUGGCUUUCUUCUGAUUGAAUUCCUUUUUCUACUGGGCAUCAACACAUAUGGUUGGAGACAAGCUGGAGUAAAUCAUGUCCUCAUCUUUGAACUUAAUCCAAGAAACAAUUUGUCUCAUCAGCAUCUCUUUGAGAUUGCUGGAUUCCUGGGGAUAUUAUGGUGCCUGAGCCUUCUGGCAUGCUUCUUUGCUCCAAUUAGUAUCAUCCCUAUAUAUGUGUAUCCUCUUGCCCUUUAUGGGUUUAUGGUCUUCUUUCUUAUCAACCCCACCAAAACUUUCUACUAUAAAUCCAGAUUUUGGCUGCUUAAACUUCUGUUUCGAGUAUUUACUGCUCCCUUCCAUAAGGUAGGCUUUGCUGAUUUCUGGCUGGCCGAUCAGCUGAACAGCCUGUCAGUGAUUCUCAUGGACCUGGAAUAUAUGAUCUGCUUUUACAGUUUUGAGCUUAAAUGGGAUGAGAGUAAGGGCCUGUUGCCAAAUGAUCCGCAAGAACCAGAAUUUUGCCACGGAUAUACGUACGGUGUGCGAGCCAUUGUUCAGUGCAUUCCUGCUUGGCUUCGAUUCAUCCAGUGCCUGCGCCGGUACCGUGACACAAGAAGAGCCUUUCCUCAUCUAGUAAACGCUGGCAAAUACUCUACGACUUUCUUCACCGUGACAUUUGCAGCCCUUUACAGCACUCACAAAGAACGAGGUCACUCUGACACCAUGGUGUUCUUUUACCUGUGGGUCGUCUUUUGUAUCAUCAGUUCCUGCUAUACCCUCAUCUGGGAUCUCAAGAUGGACUGGGGUCUCUUUGAUAAGAAUGCAGGAGAAAACACUUUCCUCCGGGAAGAAAUUGUAUACCCUCAAAAAGCUUACUACUACUGUGCCAUCGUAGAAGACGUGAUUCUGCGCUUUGCCUGGACUAUCCAGAUCUCUAUUACUGCUACAACUUUUAAGCCUCAUGUUGGGGAUAUCAUAGCUACUGUCUUUGCCCCCCUUGAGGUUUUCCGGCGAUUUGUGUGGAACUUCUUCCGCCUGGAGAAUGAGCAUCUAAACAACUGUGGUGAAUUCCGUGCCGUGCGAGACAUCUCUGUGGCCCCCCUCAAUGCAGAUGACCAGACACUACUCGAGCAGAUGAUGGACCAGGAGGAUGGGGUGCGGAACCGCCAGAAGAGCCGGUCGUGGAAAUACAACCAGAGCAUAUCCCUGCGCCGGCCUCGCCUGCCUUCCCAAUCCAAGGCUCGAGACACUAAGGUAUUGAUAGAAGACACAGAUGACGAAGCUAACACUUGAACCGCUGAAGUCUGCAGUAACAUCCUUGAUUUCCUACUCUACAAUUCUUUCCUCGACCAACGCAACCUCCAGCACCGUUUUUCCAGCUGAGAACAGGAGAAAACAGAACACGUUCCCGGGCUCCUCAGAUCGGGUCCUAUGGACUCGGAGCAAGCUCACUGUGUUUCUUUCCUUUCCUUCUGGUUUAAUCUUCAUUUUCUAUUUUUAAAACAAAUACUUCAUUUGCCAAUCAGAAGAUGUUUUAAGGAACAAAAACUUAAUAUCUUACGGGUUGUUUACACUCAAAGAUGCAGAUACCCAUCAGGAUGAAGAACAAGCAUUGGAAGGAGCCUCUGACGCACAGCGUGGGGUAACUCAGCUUCGCCGGGCCUGUCUGACUGUUGGACGCCGGACACCGGCUUUUAAAUUUUCUGUCAGUUUCUAUGGAGAGUUUCCCUUCCUUCACAGCCAGUGCAGAGGCACCCCAGCACUUGCAAGGGAAGUGCAGCUGGAGCCGCACCUCCUCCACAAAGCUACUUGUAAUUCCAUGUGACUUUUCUCAUCUGGGGAGGGUUCGGGCGGGUGGGGAUAUGAUGUAUUCGUUACAUAGUUUCUCAUUAUUUAUGAAACGUAACCAUAAAUGAAUGCUACUCCCGUGAGGGAGGCAGGAGGAACUAAGGCUCGCUGGCACUGCUGAGGUCACGCCACAAACCUCUUUCAGGAAACACCUUGUACCAGUUCAAUUUCUUCCCUCAUUUGUUUUAACUUGAAGCCAAAGUUUUAUUGCUAUAUUUUAAGUUGCUACCCUAAAGUCCCAAGCGUCACUGUCCUGACCAGGCAUCCCCCUUGCGUCCCAGCGGUGGACAUUCAGAGCAAAGGUCCUGACAGUUGUUUUGUGAGGAGCAGGUGCAGGAUGCAGUCACCCAUAUUCCAGUCACAACGAUGAAGUUCUGCUAUGUGCUUCUGCAUGUGGGGGAACUGUAGUCUUUAUUGGCCAGAUGGAAAGACAGGCCUAUUUCAGACUCCUUACACCUUCAUUAGACACGUCCCCUUCUGGCCUCAUCUGCCUCAGCCAGAAUUUGGUCAAAUUUGAUUAAAAGUAUUUUGUAGGGACUGUAGUUUUGAGCAUCUAGAACAAAUCCUUCUUCCUUCAUAUUCAUUGACACAAAAGAUCUUGGUGGCCAUUUUAAGCUCCCCCAAGGCCUAUUUUUAAAUUUGGGGCCUCUAAACCAGGUUAUACUUUUUAAAUUAUAUUUCUUAGAAAAUUCUGGGUAUAAAUGCCUAUCUUUACUAAUUUAUCUCCCCCCCCCUUUCCUCAUAAAUUCUCUAAAGAAGCCUGAAAACAUAUAGCAUAUGACUUUCUUGGAAAUGGUUGGUUUCAAAUUUGGUGAUGUCCGCACUGAGAACAUAGCUCGUUGGUAGUAGUGUCUGCACAGCAUUUCUGAGACCCUGGAUUUUCUCUCCAGCCAUUAUUCAAUAAAAUUAAUAUAAAUACCGGGGAAGGUAAAUGGCCCCACCCUCAGAUCUAGAUGAAAGCCCCACAUAGGAGAGUCAUGAAAGUUGGCUCACUUCUGCCCUUGUCAGAUUCACUAUAGACAAAGAAGCCAGUGGUUAGGAAAGCAGCAGUUAACACUUACUUGCUCUAAACUUGGCUUCUGCCCCUUCACUCUCACUCUCGCUUUGUCAUUAGCUCCUCCUGCCUAUCAGACCUUUACUCAUUAACGUUACUGCACUGCUAAAAUCCUACUGAUUAACUCAUCAACUUCCAUUUAGAAAGUUUCUCACAUUUUUAUUCUGACAAAGUUCCAUUUUUUUUCUCCUUUCUGAAUUGAGAUUUUAAACACCCCCUCCCCACCAAAAGCUUACUCAGUGUUGUAGGUUCUGUUGCUUUUUGUGUUUUGCCAAGCUUGUCCCUUGCCCCAAAACUAAAGAGCAAGCGUUUAUUUAAAAUAAAAACAAAACUAUAAAUAAAUUGUACACUUUAUAAUAAUCAGUGGUACCGGUUUAGAGACCCGUGGCAGAUUAAAGGUUGCAUUAUUUCUACUUAGAAUUUUUCCUUACUAUUCUGGGGUUUUGUACUUUAAAGCUGGGGAUAGAUCUCACUGGUUUCUGAGGUUAACCACAGUGAUGAUUAGGAAUAUAUAGGAAGGUUCAGUGACCAGUCAUUUCCUGUACAAAUAAAAUCAGUGGUACUGUGUAUCCAGAACCCUGUGAAUUGUCAGCUUCUUUCUCUGGUAGUGAGCCUGUCUGGCGACACACACAAACUCACAGUUGAACCCUGACAUUCUGACUCCUUUGUCUUUACGUCAGGUAACGUAGAGCCAGCUUGGUCUUUCUCUGCCUGCCAGGAGUCCAGACCCUAAUCAGUAUUAUUUCUUUCAUAAACAAUACAGUGAUAGAGUAUGUUCCUUUUCUGAUAUCCAUCCUGUUGACUACUCAGAAGUAAGGCUUACGUGCUGUGCUGCUUACCAUGGCAGAUGCCCUACUGUGUGUUCAGAUGUUCCAGCUCCAUCUCCUAGCUCUAAAGAGAUUUCUCCACCAAAAAACAAUGAAUAGCAUUAAUUGUUUUCCUUUCCUCGGUUUCAUCUGCCCUAGGCACUGGGAGCAGUGUCCCCUAAUGUGUUCUUGAAUAAUCCUGUACCCUGAAACUCUCGAUACCAAUGUCAUGUUACAUACUAACCAGAGGUAACACUUAUCUGACCGUAGCCUAAGAACUCUUCCUUUUAGUUUUAUUUGAAGAGAACCCCAUUUUUUUUUUUGGUUCAUUUUUUUGGAGCUGGGGACCGAACCCAGGGCCUUGCGCUUCCUAGGUAAGCGCUCUACCACUGAGCUAAAUCCCUAGCCCCGAGAACCCCAUUUUUAAUAAUGCUUGAAAUACUCCCAAAAGAAAUGAAAAAGAGACUAAAGUCCACUUUACCUUUCAUACUCACGGAGAAAGCAAGGCAGUGCAAAGAGAUCCUAGCAGUUUGUUGUUUGUAAAUUAGCCUAUCCCUGAAGCCAUGUCAACAGUGGGGCGUCGAUGAUGUCCUCCAAACAGAAGCAAUGGCAUAAUCAGCACUGCAGUCAAUCCCAUAGUUCAGUGUAAUGGUCAAGUGCAGGCUUUUUGUCUCCAGGCCCCUAAACAAAAAAGGUCACAGUGUAAAAGAAUGCCAGUAAUUUAGCAAGAACUCAGAUGAACUCUUAGAGGAGGCCCCUCCUAGGAGCCAUGACUCCCCAGCGUUCUAAAUGAGACCUCUUAGCUGAGUAUUAAAAGUCACUUUUAAUGGGUGGUAUCUUUCCAACAUGCUUCCCUGCUUUCUGAACAGGGGAACCUAAGGCAAGGCAGGAGUAGAGCUGAGGCAAACAGAAGCACAUUGACAAAGUCAGAGUAAUAGAAGAAUCUCAUAGAUAACAGAGAGGACUGGGGGUCUUGGCAGCAGGAACAAGGCACUAGGUAAAUCAUGUGACUGGGGCUGUGUCUUCUUGUCCCUCGAUGCCUCCACUUCCUGUCACUUUGUAUUAUUUAAGAAUAGUUCUUUACUCCCAAAUUCAAUUUUGCAAGCAGUAACUGCAGAGAAUUCUUAUUCUAAGGAAAAGGAUUAAGAAAUAACACUAUCUGUAACAUAUCAAAACCAUGGGAUUCUCCGAAGUGAUUAUACUAUUUCAUAAAUAUGCUUUAGAUUGUUGUUUUUUUACCAGUUUAAUAAACUUGCCUCCCUCUCCAUAGGGACUUUUUACUAUAAACAAUAGCUUCGGUCUAGGAUUAAGGUAGACUAAACGUUGAUCGUGUUAAAUCUUGAGCUCCCUCUACCACAGAAACUGUAUGUACUUUUCUCUAUCCUAGUGAGCCAGUGUCAUUACUGACCAAGUGAAAUUAGAAAUUUGGGUUGGAUUUUGAAAAUGGUAAUCUGUUUUCUAAUUGGUUUUUGCUAAUCAUUCACUUAAACAUGAAUUUCUGCAUUUCAGGUAUCAGUCAUGAUACCGAGUGUUAAAGCUCCUAGCCUGCCUAUUUUCCAUUUCUACAAUGCCAGAGCACGUGGUCGUGUGGGAUAGAGUUGAUUAUGUCGUAGCAUCAGUUGAUGGUAUUCAGUGUUAGAAGUCAGUCCUCUAGCCAGCGUUAACCACACUCCACUCAAUGAAUAUUCUCUACACCGCAAAAACAUUUCAUUAGACCUGCAAGAGCUGAAGUUAGAGAGUACAAAGUCUGCCUGAUGGAGAAGAGGCGCCGAUGGGCGUGGCCCCUGGUGCCUUUCUUACUUGAACUUUCAAAACUGAUAGCGAGUCGCCUGCCCCCUAGAGACAACCUUCAGAAUAACAACCUUCAGAAUAUAUUUUCUUAUAGUGGAUGAGGAAGUGAUGGGGGCGAGAUGAGUUUGCCCUGAAGUGGGGAAAACGAUAUCAAUUUACAACCGAAUAUGUUUUCUUGUAGCAAACCUUGGGUUCAUUUUAUUAAACCAAUGCCAGCUUCAGUUUUUCUAUACGGUGCCAUCCACCUAUGGAGGACAAUCAAAUGACCUAUUGUUUGCCUUGGAUUCAGUGUCCAUUGAGUCUCAUCUUGUACACCUUUGAAUUUAAUUUCCACUUGACUCUUGUCCAUCUGAACCACCACAGGGCAGAGGGCAGCCGGCGGCGGCGGCACUGCUGGACAAAUGUGGACUUGUGAGAAAGGGCAGGGUCCUGCCUUGCUAUCUCUCCAACGCUCUCUCUAGAGUUCCUGCCCGCACUUCUCCUGUUGUCCCUGGCAACAUUAAUAUGCUGUGGACAAGGAGGAGGACUGUUUGUGACCUGAUUAUUUGUUUUGAACUGUUAAGAUAACGUUGUAAACCACUCCUAUUUCAGUUUGCAAAAAAACAAAAACAAAACCCUUGAAACUUUCUUACAUUGUGAAGAUUCAUUAUGUGGGGUUUCUGGGUUAGCAUAGAAGCUUGUAUCAAUGAAGAGUGUUUAGGAGGGAAUUAGGGUGACACUUGUUAUUUUUCUUCUCAAACCCUCUCCCUCUGCUGUGUACACACACACACACACACACACACACACACACACACACACACCCACCUCCACACCGUGUUGGUCAAAUGAUGCUGUCCAGUGAUUACCUGAACUAUAGUUGUCAAGAGUAACUAUGAUUGUGGUUAGUCCUCUGUGGGUGACUCUUGCCCCAUUUGAACCCUUGCUUUCUUUCCUACUCUCCACUCUGGUGAACAGAAAAGGUGACGUCCACGGAUCAAUGCUUGCUUGCACUCAUGUCGUAUCUGUGACUAUGCUAUUAGCUGUCUCCUUUUUCCUUCUUAUAUGGGUAGAAUUCUUAUGACAUGUGGAGUUUCCUUCUGGAUAAGUAGGUUAAAUGCACAAUGUGGUACUGUUCUAUAGAUUCUAGAUGGUGUAAAAAGCAAAAAGUUAAUGUGCUUAUGUGUUUUUAAAAAGAAAAGUGAUUGGUUACAAAA